AGCGUUUGCUCUAUAUUGACAAAGGUUGACAAGGUUCUACGCGAAUGGCGUACGCUUCGCUUCUGUAAUCCUCAAACAUGAGAGUUGCCCGGUAGUGAGCCGCUCGGACAGUGCCAAUCAUCCUGAUCCGGAACGCUUUUUCAGCCAUUCCGCCGACGUGUUUGGCCGUCAAUGUCCCAGGAUUUACUCGCGCUUCACUUCACUUGCUUAACGGCCACGAUCACAAUGUAUACGUAGAACAAAGGGCAUCGACGUGGCAAACUGUCAGCCUCCUCCAGCUGUAGACUGACAUCCGCGGCUGACGAAUCGCUUCAUCCUUCUGCAUCCCACACCUGCGGAAGCAUACAUGGACAUGGAUCGACUACGCCCCAAAUCCUUCAAGCCCUCCUAUCCAAGAUGGUUGGUAGGCAAGCCGCUGUUGAUCAUGUCCUCCGCUCUUGCGUCUUUGGGGGAUGCCAUGUUCGGCUAUAGCCAAGGUGCCAUCGCCGCCGUGCAAGUUCAGCCUCCCUUCAUCAAGCGAUUCUUUGGGAGGGACGUGACGAUGGAGCAAAUCAGAAUUGGCGAUACUGGCGUCAACCCAGAACUUCAAGCUAUUACAGUGUCUUGCCUGAAUCUCAGCGCCCUCGUGGCGGCGCUCGGCGCGGCGUAUGUCUGCGACGUGCUGGGCAGACGCAUGUCCGUCCGGAUCGGCGGCAUCAUCUACCUCAUUGCUUCCUUCUUCCAGAUCUUCGCGUCCAACCUGGCCGUCUUCAUCGUCGGUCGCUUGAUUCAGGGCGUCGCCGUAGGUAUGCUCUCAAUGACAGUCCCCAUCCUCCAAUGUGAGAUCGCACCGGGUCAUUCCCGCGGGCUCUUCAUCUCCAUCGAGUAUCUCUGCCUCAAUUUUGGAUAUCUCCUCUCUUCAUGGGUUGGGUACGGCUUUUUCUUCGCAUUACCCUCGGAGAUAUCGUGGAGAGGGCCAUACAUCAUCCAGGCCGCCCUAGCCGUAAUUCUCAUCGCAUGGUCCUUUGUGCUUCCGGAGACACCGCGCUUCUUGAUCAGCAACGGCUUCGAGGAAGAAGGGCUCCGUGUUCUGGCCGACCUCCACGCGGCUGGUAACGAGCAGGAUGAGAAGGUCCAGAUAUCCUUCAAGGAGAUCCGUGCCGCCGUAGAGCGCGACAGACACCUGCAACAAGCCAGCUGGCGCGAACUCUUUACGGACUACACCCGGCGCACGAUCAUGGGCAUCACAUGCCAGAUGUUCGCGCAGUUCAACGGGAUCAACGCAAUUCUGUAUUUCCUUCCUUCAAACCUCACGAGGGCUGGAUUCUCUAUCUCAAAGGCUCUCCUGUACUCCGGCGUAUCUGCGAUCGUGUAUUGCCUGGGCACGAUUCCGACGAUGUUUCUCAUCGACAGGUGGGGCAGGCGGCCGUUCUUUAUCGUUGGAAGCUUCGGACUGGCGGCGUGUCUUGGGGUCGUCGGCGGCCUGCAGUUCAAGAGUCGCAGUCUGCCUGUAGGGAACGCACGGAUACCGUACGCCGACGGCAUUUUUGCAGCGAUCUGCGUCUAUCUCUUCUUCUUCGGUGCAACCUGGGGCCCAGCGCCCUAUCUCCUGGGAGCGGAAAUUUUCCCCAUGCGUGCCAGAGCGAAGGGAGUGGCACUCUCCACAACGUCCAAUUGGCUCUGCAACUUCAUCAUCGCGUUUGUCACGCCUCCGCUCUUCGCGGCUAUCCACGGCGGAUUUUACUUCAUCUUGCUAGGCCUGUGUGUCAUCUCCGGCAUCUUCGUGUACUUUGUCUACCCUGAGACGGCACAUCGCACCUUGGAAGAGCUUGGAGAAGUCUUUGGAGAUAAGGGCGGCGCAGAAGAGGAACUCAAGGCGGACGUACUGCUCACGGUUCCUGGGUCUGGCAUACAAACAUCCGACAAUGCUUCUGAAGCUACUACCCUCAGGCCGAGCUUUGCAGAUGACAGUAGGAGUGCGGUGGGGUCCGAAAAAGGUAAAGGUGCCUGACAUAUUUGGUGAUUUGUUCCGUUUCGUCGUGCGAUUCUGUCAUGUUCCAUUCAUAUAUGGCGGGCGAAACUAUCACCUUGGUUAUGGUGCCGAGUAGCUGAAGGUACAAUGAGUUCAACAUCUCAUGUAACAGAAUACAUACAUACACUACGAUAGAGGGUCACACUUUCAUGGCGUCUU